CCAAUCGUUGUACGGCCGACAAGGGACGAACUUCCGGUGACUUUUCGAAGCAUAGCACCGGCGCGGCGACCGUUGGACGUUAAAGCAUUGUCGGAUUUUCUGUCGGCGAGGACGUAUCACCAACACUUUACAUUUUUUUGGAUCGUCUGGAGUAGCUAUGGCGUUCAGGAGCCGAGCCGUUAAUAUCAAUGUUGCUAACCAGGAGAAUGUCAAGAAUGUCAAAUCUAUGACAUUAGUACCAGGUCAAAGGAGAGCAGCUCUUGGAGAGAUAGGCAACAAAGUAAACAACCAUAGAACUAAUGAUUUGACAGGGAAAGCUAGUCAAAUUACCAAGGACAAAGUUCUGUUAAAGAAACCAGUGAUAUCCAAGCAAGUGCAAAUUAAAGUCGAUAAGUUUGAAAAGCUUGAGAAGCCAGUGCAGAAGGCACCAGUGCAAAUAGUAAAGCCUGUUCCAAAAACUGAAGUGCAUGUUGAUAACCGGCUGCUGGCAGAGGCUAACAAAAAUGAGACUGAUAGCAAUGCCAAUAAGAAGGACUCUGAUUCCAAUGUUGCUAAGAAAGAGACAGACUCCUUUUCCACGGAUCUGAUAACAAUUGAAGAUAUUGACGAAGAGGAUAGAAAAAAUCCCAUCCUUGUUUCUGUAUAUAGUAACGAUAUUUAUGCACAUCUGAGGGAUCUGGAAGUACUAUUCCCUGUCAAAGAAAAAUAUUUACAAGGUCAAGAAGUUACUCCCAAAAUGAGGUGUGUGCUGGUCGAUUGGCUGAUUGAAGUUCAUGAACAGUUUCACUUAAUGCAAGAAACACUUUACUUAACUAUUGCAAUCAUUGAUCGUUUUCUGCAGGACUUCAAACUAAUCACUCGUAAAAGGCUACAAUUGGUUGGAGUCACAGCUAUGUUCAUAGCCAGCAAAUAUGAAGAAAUGUAUUCUCCAGACAUUAGUGACUUUGUGUACAUUACAGACAAUGCUUACACAAAAGGAGAAAUAUUGCAGAUGGAACUGCUCAUCAUUAAGACUCUCAACUUUUCAUUUGGAAGGCCAUUACCAUUGCAUUUUCUUAGGAGAUACAGCAAAGCUGGCAAGGCUUUGCCAGUACAUCAUACACUGGCAAAAUAUUUCUUGGAGCAAAGUUUAGUUUACUAUGAAGUCUGUCACCACCCACCAAGUCUUAUUGCUGCUGCUGCACUCUAUCUUUCUUUCCUGUUGUUGGGGAAUGACAAUCUUCAGGAUGGUGAAGUCAUCUGGACAAAAACUCUGGUGCACUACAGCACGUAUAGAGUGAAGGACGUUUUGCCAGUGGUGAAAGAGAUUUCCGUGAUAAUGAUCAACGCGGAAAAGAGCAAGUAUCAGGCCGUGCGAAGGAAAUACACCAAUCCUAAGCAUAUGAAAAUCAGUCUCCGUCCGGAAUUGAAGUCUCCGACUUUGCAAGCUUUGGCGAAUCAUAGGAUCGAAUAAUAUUAAUUUUGUAACAUAGUACAAUGGAGUGUAUACAUAGUUGCGAUGCAUGCGAUGGAUUUAUUGAGUGACAUUGUGAGUGCCGUUUCGUCAGCAUUACAAAAAACUAAAUUUUUAUCGAGUUCUUCCGCUAACGCUCUUUACAAGUGCCCAAAUUUGCGGAGGUAUUGAUUCUUUAAUUUUUUUAAUAUUGUACUUUAACUUCAUAAUUACAUUGACAGCCAUGAGUCUAUUCCUAAAUUUUUUGCUGUUUUUGAUCACCUUUCUAUAAUUUUUUAUGAUCGUUGAUCUUAAUGACAGGUUAAUAUUUUUGAUAGUUAAUUUACAAAUUAAAAAAAUAAUUCAAAUAAUACAAUUCCGUUCCAUUUAAAUUAUUAAAAUACGAGAUUGUGUGGCUGUCUUGAGUGCAUUAUUCCAUUCUUGAUAUUAUUACUAAUUAUCCACAGCCUUAUAGAAAAAAUGACUGAUGGAAGUGCAUUUUUUCAUUAUAAAAUGCUUGUUAAAACAUUUUUACAUGAUAAUUAAAAAUUUUUUAUACAUUUUCAACGUGAAUAUAGUAUUAAUUUUGUACUUGGUAUAGUCAAAUAUUUUUAAUCAAAAUACAACGUUAAGUACGAAGAUUUUUGUAUCGUAAAGACUUAUCAUUAUUCUUUUAUUUCAAAAGUACUAAUUAAUAACAAAAAAAGUGCAUGUGUACAUUACAGAAAAUAUUUUGAUGAAAAUAUUUGUUACGCGAUCGAUAAAAUUUUUAAUAUACAUGAUUAUUACAUGAUUUCAAAAUAAAAAAUAAAUUAUAGAUGUAAAACUGAAAUUAUUUUAUAAGACUUGCAAAAAAUCGCAAUAAAAAGUUUGUGAUUUUAAAAUUUCACUUUGAUCAAAAUUUUUCCCUAUCAGAUUAGUUACAAAUACUAAUAUUGUAUACUUGUAUCUAUUAAUAUAUUUGUGUGUGUGGAAGAUUUCGUCUGAUCGUGUUAUGUAAAAUAUCUUAUGUUUUGUAAAUAAAUGCGUAAGCGUUAAAUAGAGUAUU